CAGUCCAAGAGAGAGACACGAGGCAAAGCCAGAACACACCAUACAGAUUGAGUCAGAUAGACUAAGGCUGAGCGAGAGACAAGUAGAGAGAGACAAGUCCUGAGACAAAUAGACUGCUGUUUAUUGGGCAUUUCCUGGACAAACCAACAGAACCAGGAGCUGGUUGGGUUGUAAUUGGGGAGUUUGGGUGGUGCUGCAUGAUGCCAACAUGGCACCGCUGCAGCUGCCCCCUGUUGGUUCGGAGAUUUUCAGACAUUUUACAUCCGCCUCGCUGGAGGAGAUCCAACAGCGACGUGAGGUGGAGGAAAAGGAGCAACAGAGGAGGAAGGAGAAGAACAUUGAGAUAGCAGAGGAAGAUCUUCCUAAACCAGCCAGUGACUUGGAGGCUGGAAAACCUCUUCCCUUCAUCUAUGGAGACCCACCCUCCGAGUUUAUUAACACCCCACUGGAGGACCUGGAUCCCUUCUACCAAUCUCAGAAGACGUUCAUCGUCCUCAGUAAAGGAAACACCAUCUACAGGUUUAAUGCAGAACCAGCCUGUUACCUGCUGAGUCCAUUCAGUCAUCUGAGGAGAAUUGCUGUGAAGAUUCUCAUCCAUUCUUUUUUCAGUUUGUUUAUCAUGGUGACGAUUCUGACCAACUGUGUGUUCAUGACCAUGAGUGACCCUCCAUCGUGGAACAAGGUGGUAGAAUAUGUAUUUACAGGCAUCUACACAUUUGAAGCAAUGAUCAAAGUUUUAUCUCGAGGAUUCUGUAUUGGAGAUUUCACCUUCCUCAGAGACCCCUGGAACUGGCUGGACUUCAUGGUCAUCAGCAUGGCAUACCUUACAGAGUUUGUAGAUUUGGGGAAUGUUUCUGCACUGAGGACAUUCAGAGUUCUACGAGCUCUAAAGACCAUCACUGUUAUUCCGGGGUUAAAAACCAUUGUUGGAGCUCUCAUCCAGUCAGUGAAGAAGCUGAGUGAUGUCAUGAUCCUGACUGUGUUCUGCCUCAGUGUCUUUGCUCUGAUUGGUUUGCAACUCUUCAUGGGAAACCUGAGGCAGAAAUGUGUCCUGGUUCCCCCUCAGUUGAGCAACCACACAUCUGGCACAAACCAUGAUGCUGCUCACAACAACACCUACAGCAAUAGCACAGGAAGCAAUGACUUUCAUUUCCAUGACUACAUUAACAACCCAGAAAACUACUACUACCUGCCAGGUCAGCUGGAUGCUCUGCUUUGUGGAAACAGCUCUGAUGCUGGUGUCUGUCCGGAGGGUUACAUCUGUCUGAAGGCUGGAAGAAAUCCAAACUAUGGCUACACCAGCUACGACACUUUCGGUUGGGCAUUCCUGGCUCUUUUCAGGCUGAUGACCCAGGACUUCUGGGAAAACCUCUUCCAGCUGACAUUGAGGGCAGCAGCCGUGGUUGCGAUGGCGUACGCUGAGCAAGAGGAAGCUACCUCAAUUGAGGUCAAACAGAAGGAGGAGGAGUAUGCUCAGAUUCUAGAGGCACUGAAGAAGAGAAAUGAGGAGGCAGCCUGCAGAGAGGCGCUCUUAGAGAAUAGAGACUCAGCAAAUCAGCCUAAUUCAUCUGCAGAAAUACAAAGGCCAGAGCAAGACCACACGGACAUAGAUGGAAUUGAUGAGGAGCGGAGGCCAUGUCCCCCAUGUUGGUAUUCCUUUGCCAACAUCUUUCUGAAGUGGAACUGUUGUGAAUGCUGGCGGGGGCUAAAACAGUUGCUCUACACCAUUGUCAUGGAUCCAUUUGUAGACCUUGGCAUCACUAUAUGUAUUGUACUAAACACAGUCUUCAUGGCCAUGGAACAUUAUCCAAUGACGGAGCAGUUUGAGGAGUUGCUGAGUGUUGGAAAUCUGGUCUUUACAGGGAUCUUCACAGCUGAGAUGGUCCUUAAACUUUUGGCCAUGGAUCCAUAUUACUAUUUCCAGGUGGGCUGGAACAUUUUUGAUAGCAUCAUUGUGACCAUGAGUCUUGUGGAAUUGGGAUUGGCCAACGUGCAGGGUCUGUCUGUGCUGCGUUCAUUCCGACUGAUGCGAGUUUUUAAGCUGGCCAAGUCGUGGCCAACGCUUAACAUGCUGAUAAAGAUCAUUGGGAACUCGGUGGGGGCUCUGGGGAACCUGACUCUAGUUCUGGCCAUCAUAGUCUUUAUCUUUGCUGUGGUUGGAAUGCAGCUCUUCGGGAAGAACUACAAAGACUGUGUUUGUCGUAUCGCAGAAGACUGUGAGCUUCCACGAUGGCACAUGAACGACUUCUUUCACUCCUUUCUCAUCAUCUUCAGGGUUUUAUGUGGAGAGUGGAUCGAGACCAUGUGGGACUGCAUGGAGGUCUCCGGUCAGGUCAUGUGUCUGAUUGUUUUUAUGAUGGUGCUGGUCAUCGGAAAUCUGGUGGUCCUGAAUCUGUUCUUGGCAUUGUUGUUGAGCUCAUUCAGUGGUGGUAAUCUAGCUGCUUCUGAGGAGGAAGGAGAAAACAACUUGCAGAUUGCCAUAAACCGAAUAAACAGGGCUAUUGCCUGGAUCAAGUCCUGGAUCCUAGAACUUAUUGGGACUUUUAUAGGAAAUAAAAACCAUGUCAACCAAAACCCAACUGAGAUCAACAAUCAGAAAGACAAGACAACAAAGGAGUCUUUGGCUUUGACUGUUGUGACGUCAGAUAAGCCAGCAUCAGAGCUUGACACCCUUAGCUGUAACUAUGGCAACGUGACCAGCAACUACCACAACAUUACCUUCCUCAGGGUCCCCAUAGCUGAGGCAGAGUCUGACUUUGAGAAGCCUGAAACAGAAGACGACGAGGAUGAAGAUGAUUCAGAGGAUGAGCCAAGUGAAAUUCACUCUGAAUGUGUGGAAUCGUCAGUCUGUAGUACUGUACAGAAACUUAAUGACAUCCAGGAGGGUGAAGAAGAUGAAGCUGGAAAUGAAGUGAACACACCUGAGAACUGCUACACUGAUGAGUGUUAUCUUCGUUGUCCGUUCUUGGACAUAGACACGUCCCAGGGCAGAGGGAAGUACUGGUCUAACUUCAGGGGGACCUGUUUCACAAUUGUAGAACACAACUACUUUGAGACAUUCAUCAUCUUUAUGAUCCUGCUCAGUAGUGGAGCUCUGGCAUUUGAGGACAUCUAUCUGGAACAACGUCAGGUCAUAAAGAUAAUCCUGGAGUAUUCAGACCAGGUGUUCACCUAUGUGUUUGUGGUGGAGAUGAUUCUUAAGUGGGUCGCCUAUGGAUUCAAGACCUACUUUACCAACGCCUGGUGCUGGCUCGACUUUCUGAUUGUAGAUGUGUCCCUGGUCUCGCUAACAGCAAACCUAAUGGGAUACUCAGAGCUGGGAGCCAUCAAGUCCCUGAGGACUCUGAGAGCUCUAAGACCACUAAGGGCCCUUUCACGCUUUGAGGGCAUGAGGGUGGUGGUUAACGCACUUGUUGGAGCAAUCCCAUCAAUCUUCAAUGUGCUGCUGGUCUGUCUCAUCUUCUGGCUGAUUUUUAGCAUCAUGGGAGUCAAUCUCUUUGCUGGGAAGUUUUAUUACUGUUUCAAUGAAACGUCAGAGGAAAUGUUCAACCCUGAGCAGGUUGACAACAAGACACAGUGUUUGUCGUUGAUAGAAGAAAACUUCACUGAGGUCCGCUGGAAGAACGUUAAGGUCAACUAUGACAAUGUUGGAAUGGGCUACCUGUCGCUGCUACAAGUGGCCACUUUUAAAGGCUGGAUGGACAUCAUGUAUGCAGCUGUGGACUCCAGAGAGGUGGAGUCUCAGCCAAAGUAUGAAGACAACCUGUAUAUGUACCUUUACUUUGUCUGCUUCAUCAUCUUCGGCUCCUUCUUCACCCUGAACCUGUUUAUUGGAGUCAUCAUCGACAACUUUAACCAGCAGAAAGCCAAGUUGGGAGGAGCAGAUCUUUUUAUGACAGAGGAGCAGAAGAAAUAUUAUAAUGCCAUGAAGAAACUGGGCUCCAAGAAACCUCAGAAACCUGUUCCACGACCUGAGAAUAGGUUCCAGGCUCUGGUCUUUGACCUGGUGUCCACACAAUUUUUUGACAUUUUCAUCAUGGUGCUGAUCUGUCUCAAUAUGGUGACCAUGAUGGUGGAGACAGAUGAGCAAAGCUCAGAAAAGGAAAUCCUCCUGUAUUGGAUUAACCUCGUGUUUAUCAUCAUCUUCACUACCGAAUGCUCUCUGAAGAUCAUCGCCCUCCGACAGCACUACUUUGCUGUUGGUUGGAAUAUCUUUGACUUUGUGGUCGUCAUCCUGUCCAUCGUAGGUCUCCUGCUCGCUGACAUCAUAGAGAAGUAUUUUGUUUCCCCCACCCUCUUUCGUGUAAUCCGAUUGGCUCGUAUUGGACGCAUCCUCCGUCUCAUUCGUGGAGCUAAAGGGAUUCGGACAUUGUUGUUUGCUCUCAUGAUGUCACUUCCUGCUCUCUUUAACAUAGGCCUUCUUCUCUUUCUAAUAAUGUUUAUCUUUUCCAUUUUCGGCAUGUCAAAUUUUGCCUAUGUGAAGAAGGAGGCCAUGAUUGAUGACAUGUUUAACUUUGAGAACUUUGGGAACAGUAUGAUCUGUUUGUUCAUGAUCACCACAUCAGCUGGAUGGGAUGGUCUGCUGAGUCCUAUUAUGAACUCACCACCAGACUGUGACCCAGACUUUGAGAACCCUGGAACAAUGGUACGAGGGAACUGUGGUACCUCUGCCGUGGGCAUGGUCUUCUUCACCUCCUACAUCAUCAUGUCCUUCCUGGUGGUGGUCAACAUGUACAUUGCUAUUAUCCUAGAAAACUUUAACGUGGCCACAGAGGAGAGCAGUGAGCCACUCUGUGAGGAUGACUUUGAGAUGUUCUAUGAAACAUGGGAGAAGUUUGACCCCGAUGUCUCACAGUUCAUACAGUACAGUCAGUUAUCGGAUUUCUGCGACACACUACAGGAUCCUCUGAGGAUUCCUAAACCCAACACUAUCAAACUGAUCCACAUGGAUUUGCCCCUGGUUCCCGGAGAUAAAAUUCAUUGCCUGGACAUAUUGCUGGCUCUCACUGCACAGGUGCUGGGUGAUUCGGAAGCAAUCGAUACUCUCAAAGCCACCAUGGAGGAGAAAUUCAUGGCUAACAAUCCUUCCAAGGUGUCAUAUGAACCAAUCAGCAGCACCUUGCGGAGAAAACAGGAGGAGGUAGCAGCCAUAGUGAUCCAGCGGGCUUAUAGGAGACACCUGCUACAGCGCACAGUCAAGCUUGCAUCCUACAAAUACCGCGAAAAGACAGAGCAAAGGCAAGAAGAGCAGACACCGCCAGAGACUGAAGGACUUCUUUAUAAACAAAUCAGUCAUCUGUAUGGGGAUGCAGAAAUUAUGGAGCACACUGACUCAGUUGAAUAAGGUGAGGACAGACUUCCGCCUGCUUGCGUGGCACUUCAGAGUGAGUUUCUUCUCCAUGCUGCUCCUCCCCUUUUUGCCCCCAACUGCCUGCAAAAGAAAGAACUCAAAGACUCUACCAUGUGACAGUGGGUUAGGGUUAGCUAACCCUGUAUCCACCCAUCUGUUGAGUGUUAUCAGUGGAGGAGCAGCAGACAAACACCUGGCUUGUAAUGUUCACAGCAGAUGCCACGAGUCAAAAGGCAGCACACAAUGUUUGAGGACUCAAUGUCAACUUUUACCUAACCCAUGUUUUUUGUCUUUGAUAUCUGAUUAUUUCCAAACAUGAAAUUAGAUCUAUGACAAAAAUACUUCAGGUUAAUAAAGAUAAAGCUGGACAUCGUCACCAUUGACUUGUGAUUGCUGACUAAGCAGGAUCAGACAGUCCAGCAAGGUCACAGACUUUACCACAUUAUGACCUCUGAUGAUGAAUGACACAAACAAUUAAUCAUUCAUAAGGAGGAAAUGAAUUUUUUUUCUUCACUUGAUGAGGGCGGCACGGUGGUGCGGUGGGUAGCACCGUCGCCUCACAGCAAGAAGGCUCUGGGUUCAAUUCCCGGGGCCAGCCCUGGUGCCUUUCUGUGUGGAGUUUGCACGUUCUCCCGUGCUUGCGUGGGUUCUCUCAUGGUUCUCCGGCUUCCUCCCACAGUCCAAAGACGUGCAUUAGGUUGAUUGGCCUCUCUCCAUUGCCCGUGGGUGUGAUUGUGUGUGUGUGAAUGGUUGUACAGUAUGUCUCUGGCAACCCGUCCAGGGUGUGCCCGUAGCCAGCUGGGUUAGGCUCCAGCACCUCCGUGACCCUGCAUAUGGGAAUAAGCCGCUUGGAAAAUGGAUGGAUAUUCACUUGAUCAAACAAAUAACUUUCUUUUUAGUUUAUUGGACAAAGUUUGUUAGAGAGGCUCAAGAAAGGUAACUACAUUUUCUUGAGUACUAUUAAGUAUAAUUUUUAGGUUCUUGUACUCAAGUAUUUUCACUUAAUUCUACUUCUACUUGUUUAUUUUAGAAGAAUUUGUUUUACAAUUUGAUAGUUACUUGUGAAAAACAGAAAGUCUCAAACUCAGAAUUUUUAGCUUUUAAGAUAUACUGUAUUUUAACAUUUAAACAAACUGUCAAAGAUGUUUCAUUAUAACCAUUAUCAAAAUGUUAAUGAUCAAUCAUCAACAUUUUGUUUUUUACACUGAGACUCCACAUCGUGACAUCAACAAAGUCUGUCUCUGUGCAGGUAUUGUAGCUUCUUAUUGGAUGAUACUGCUGCAGGUAAACCUGUGCCAGAUGUAGUGUUGCUGUAAACCAACCAACGGGAAAAUAUAAAGAGCCAGAGCGGACUCACACUAAUAAAAUUACAAAAGUAAAAUACUGGACUAAUUCAUCGGGUGCCUGAUCAUAAAGUCAUCCAAUAAGAAAAAGCAAAGAUCUGAAAACACAGAAUCUACACAUUUCUGAUAUUAGUCUACAAAUCAGCUCCCACUGUCUGUGGCUCGUCUUUCUCCAACAGUAGAUUUUGUUCCUGGGAAUUUAUAUAGAGCAUUAUAUUAAUGAGCUUUAAUUUAAUGCUCCCUUUCUCAUUGCUACUUUUGGUAGAGUAUCUGUCAUCAGCCAAUUGGUAUUUUUAGGGUGAAGAUGAUGAUGAUGAUGAUGAUGAUGAUGAUGAUGAUGAUGAUGAUGAUGAUGAUGAUGAUGAUGACGAUGAUGAUGAUGAUGAAUUGGCAGCUAUGAGCUGUAGACAACCAACAAAAUCAAGUCAAAAUUAUUAAAAUUUCAAAGUCA